AUGGCAUGUGAGGGAACAAAAGACGGACAUAAUAAUGACAAACAUGAUAAAGAUUACUUUGAUGGUGAGGAUGAUGGUGACGAUGAUGACGACGAAGAUGAUGAUGAUCAUCAUCAUCAUAAUGACGAUGAAGAUGGAGAUUAUGAUGACAAAAAUCAUGAUGAUGAUAAUGAUGAUGAUGAUGAUGAAGAUGAAGAUGAAGAUGAUGAUGAUGGUGAUGGUGAUGAUGGUGAUGGUGAUGAUGAUGAUGAUGAUGAUGGUAACGAUGAUAAUGGAAUUGAUAAUGGUGGUGAUGGCGAUGAUGAUGGUGAUGGUGAUGAUGUUUAUGGUACUGAUGAUAAUAAAGGUGUCGAUGGUGGUGGUGAUAAUGACGAAUGCUAUGGUGGUCGUGAUGAUGAUACUGACGGUGGCAAUAGUGACUGUAAAGAUAAAGUUGAAAGAGAAGUCAGUAAAAGCAAAGAAGAAUUUGGUGAAGAUGACCACGGGCGUAAAUCCCGGGGAUGGAGGGAUAUAUCCCUCCGUUUUCGGAAAGGGGGUGGGGUGGCAUGA